AUCUUUUCGAGUUUCGGCCAACCUCAACUGUUCCUUUAUUCUCUUUCCUCUCAAACCCGAAAGCUUCAGUUCAGAGCUCAGAACCAAACAAACAUUGGUCAGAGCUAAUGAAGAUCCAGUGCGACGUGUGCAACAAAGACGACGCUUCGGUGUUCUGCACCGCCGAUGAAGCCGUACUAUGUGACGGCUGCGACCACCGUGUCCACCACGCAAACAAGCUCGCCUCCAAGCAUCAACGCUUCUCUCUUCACCGUCCUUCUUCAAAACAAUACCCUCUCUGUGAUGUUUGCCAGGAGAAAAGAGCUUUCAUGUUCUGUCAGCAAGACAGAGCGAUUUUGUGCAAAGAUUGUGACUUGUCUAUUCAUUCAGCCAACGAACACACUCAGAAACAUGAUAGGUUCCUUCUCACUGGUGUUAAGCUUUCUGCUUCUUCUAAGCUUUAUUCAUCAACACCCUCUAAUUCCGUUUUGAUCAAUGGUUCUGAUUUCAAGUCACAGUCUACUACUCUUCUUGCUUCUUCAUCUUCUUCUAGCGUUUUACAUCCACCUUCGAUCGCCAAGAACGCUCCUUCAGGAUCAUCAACAACACUACUACCUCCUUCUCCCUCCAUUGGGGGAAGCUUGGUAGCUAUUGAAGGAACUGUUUCCACGAGUGCUAGUAGCAUAUCCCAGUACUUGAUAGAGACUCUCCCUGGUUGGCAGAUCGAAGACUUUCUCGAUUCAUAUUCUGUUCCCUUUGGUUUUUCUAAGGGUGAUGACAUGUUUCCACUGCUUGAUGCUGAUAUUGAGAGGGAUCUGGGUUCUUUCUCACCUGAGAACAUGGGGAUCUGGGUUCCUCAAGCACCACCUCCUCUAUAUUCUUCACAAAUGGAUUGGAGAAUUGGGCACAAUGAGACAAAGGAGUCUACAAACAUCAAAGGAAGCAGAUCAAGAUUGAGGGAUGAUAAUUUCACUGUUCCACAGAUUAGUCCUGAUUCGAAUUCGAAGAGACCCAGAUCUCUAUGGUAGAAAAAAAGCCUGAAAGUUCGAAUCUUGUCAAGGAUAAAGCACAAUAAUCAAGGGUCCUUACCUUGCCUUUAUCUGGCUUCAAUCUCACUCUGCCAUUUGUUUUUAAUUUGUUUCCCUUUUCAGUUUUCUGAUUUCAUACUCUGCUUCCCUAGCGAGCUGUGUUUGAUAAAUUUGUGUAU